ACGUGUUUUCUCGAGGACUUGAAGGUUAAAGAAGAAGCAGCGGGUAGUUUCUUGUCCGCUGGAGAGGAUCACCAGGACGGCGUGUGUGUGUGUGUGUGUGUGUGUGGUUAAACCCGGGUGUGAGCAGCAGUGAAACGCAGACAUGGAUCCCAUGAAGGCGCAGCAGCUGGCCGCGGAGCUGGAGGUGGAAAUGAUGGCUGACAUGUACAACCGAAUGACCAACGCCUGUCACAGGAAGUGUGUGCCUCCACAUUACAAGGAGGCCGAGCUGACGAAGGGCGAGUCGGUGUGCCUGGACCGCUGCGUGGCCAAAUACCUGGACCUCCACGAGAGGCUGGGACGCAAGUUGACAGAGCUCUCCGUCCAGGACGAGGAGGUGAUGAGGAAGGCAGCUGUGGGGAGCGGAUAGAGACGCUGAUGGAGGGAGCGAAGUGGAGCAUUGUUGGGGAAUACAUGGUUAUGGGGUUGGGUUGGCAUAUCUGGUUUCUCUAAGAUGAGAAACUUGUGUUUUAAUGAGUGGGUGGGUUUUGUUGGGGAAAUAGAAAAAAAUGAGUCAAAUGAGUGCUGUUGAGCGUCCACUGGGACUACGACCUCUGCUGCAGUCAGAGGACGAGACACAGAAUGGGGCUGGAGGAAUCACCAGAGCACUUGGUGGAGCAUGAGGAUGUCAACAGCUCACAGUGGUCCACCAGCCUCUCUGGAUGGGUUGGAUUAGUUCUACAUUCAUCUCGGCCUGGCCUACAAGAAGUCACCUGAAAAUUGACUGGAAAGGAGAAAGGCCUGGGAUGUAAUAUUAUUUGUAAGUCAUACUUUGUGAUUGUUUUUAGCUGCUUGGAGUGCAAGAAGGGUGCUGCUUCUACUGCAGAAGCUCAAAAAUGUUGUUGAAGCUUCGUGGUACCAACUGUCUGGUACUUGGGGCAGGUCAAAACAAACACUACGGAUGAUUUGCAUUUAGUCUUUGUUCUCAAAUCGCCCUUUGAACUCGGGUGAUAUGUUUUGGUUUUUUUAUUUAUUAUUUUUCCCCCCCUCCUUCAUUCAGGUAGAAAGUGUCUGUUAUGCAGACAAAGUAGUGUCAGUUCUGUAGGAAAAUCAAAUACUUGGAUCAGGGCAUGCACUGAUUUAAUUAUGGGUGGCAGUAUUAUACAAGACACUAUGCAUAGUUUACUCUUUCUCUGCUCUGGACCUGUCCUGUGUUUGCUUUAUCUGUAACACCAACUGGGACAGACUUCCAGCCGCCAUUCUGGUUACAUGGACGUGCUUUAAAGAUGGACUGAACUUUGCUCAUUUGUCAUGCUUGUGUCGACUGUGUUGUGCUGUAUGUCCAUGGACCAUGUAAUUGACUGUGAAACACUUCUCUUCUUUUUUUUUUUUUCCUUCCCUGUGCUAACCACUGUGUCAGUGACCCAGCUUUUGCCCUGCAUAUUGGAGAAGCUGCGCAGUGGUUUUUUUGUUUGUUUGUUUUGUUAUAAAUGAAUCUAAUAAAACAAUACCAUCCUUUU